GGUAUUCAAGUUGGCAAUUACCAGACAGUGAAAAAAAUCCGGUAGUUUUUUCAAUCAAGCGAACAAUUCACGUAAAAUUAUGCAAUAAUGGAACAACUCUCCCAAAUAAUCAAAAACCUGGAUUUAGAGGACGUGGUCAAUGAAAACGCCGGAUAUGAAUACAUCAACGUCUUCAAAAACCCGAACAAGCUGCCAAUAAACCAAAUUCAUUUAGAAAAACUUGUGGUUGAGCUACGCAAAGACGCCCCUUUAGAGUCAAUUAGGCCAGACGACGAUUUUGAAAAACAAUGUUUUGAACGCAAAACCCAAAUAAUACCUGCACUUAGCAAAUUUUGGUUGCCUGAGUCGCAACAGUACUUCAAAUACCAACCAUACAAUUUUGCUUUAUCGAAAGACGAAAACUCGUCUUAUCUGGCAAAUAAUCGCCAUUUUUUGCAAACGUUGCAUUAUUUGUUAAGCUGCAAUUAUCACCAAUUCUGGUGUCUAGUUUUGUACGAACCCAAAGUGGCUAUUAGCCUUCAUAGUUUUCUACUGAGCCCAGUUUUACCUCAUCAGAUUAAAAAUUUAGACGAUGAGACGUGUACGCUCUAUUUAGCAGUAUUUUCGCAAUUCCACCGGGUUUAUCAAAGACUAACUACGUUCCAAGAGACUGAGAGUGAAUAUAUGCCAGACAGUGUAGGUCUUAAAUUUUUAUUAGAAAAGAAACUACUUAACCUCCCCAUAGUAAUCACGCUAUUUCUUUUAUACCAUGAAACCAACCAAGUCUUCGUUAACGAUUUAGUUUCCCUAUAUUUUAAUGAAACUUCUGUUUUCCGUGAUAAAGAGAUUGAAGAAAUGCUUGAUCAAGUCAUUUUGACGUUAGAAAUGAUCGGUGGUCACGUUUGUGGCUUUGAACCAGAUGCUGUGAUAAUCCCUAUAGCUGUUGAAGAGAAACCUCCAGUAUUUAAUCUUGCUUGGGUAUUUUCAGUCGUUGAUUAUUUAUUAAACACAAUUUCGUCGUUACAUAUGUUACUGAAAUUUCACAAACCGGCAAUAAACGUAGCGUUAUCGAAGGGAAUUCCGUACAGAUUAUCCUUCACUUAUGAAAAAGUUUUCCAUCAAUUGUACGAUUUCUUGGACGGGAGAAAAGAACUGGAUCAAAACCCCAAACUGUCCGAAAUUGUUUUCGAAGAGAUUGCGUUAGGACGCUCGGAAUUUAUCGACGUUUAUUACGCCUUUACGUCACAUUGCUUGGAUAAAACCCUGGAGUUUAGUGGCGACCCGAUACAUCAGCAAGAGUUUGUCGAGAUUUAUUUGAAAUUAUUAACCACAGCCCUCGAGGACGAGUAUUUUAUCUGUGAUUAUCACGAACGUUACGAUGUGGGGGCGCAAAACGAAAUGUUCAGCAGUUGUACCGAAAUCGACCAAACACGGACUGAUUACCUUCUGAGUUGUAUAACGAGUCUGAGGCGCCACAACAGACUGUGGAAAACGCUAAAAAGCGAGUUAAAAACGUUUGAAAAAGCCGUGCUAAAGUACGCCUCAAAUCGCAAAGUCAAGUCGGAGAUUGUGCACGAGAACGGCGUGGGGGCGCAAGCGGGGCCUUCGAAUCACGUGGAGGAGGUGUUUGUGCCCCCCAGUGAGGAAGAAAUCGAAGGUUCCAUCCAAAUGGUGAUUGAUAUGUUCCCCCAUUUGGGCGAUGGAUUCGUCCUCCAGUGCUUGGAAGCGUACAAUUAUAACACAAGUGAUGUGAUCAGUGCAAUUCUUGAGGAAAAUCUCCCGCCUCAUUUAGUCGACAUUCCAUUUGACUUAAUCCGGAUACCUCCGGAACCCAAGCCGGAGGAACCGAUCCUGGCCUACAAGGGCCGGAAGCCGGGCUACGACGACGCUUUGAAACUACUAAACGACAAGAAAGACAUCAAGGAAAUCAAAACGUACAUUCUGGACGGGAUACAAUACACCAAUGAAUUCGAUGACUACGAUGACGAAUAUGAUGAUAGGGCUGACGAGGCCACGGUUCCUGUCCCCGAUCACGGGUCUGAAGACAUCCUAAAGUUCAACCCGAACUACGAGGACGUCGUCAGUGAUACGAGCUACUCGGAGGAUGAGUACGACGACGAGGGCAAGCCUGUGGGGGCGUCCGAGCGCCCCCAUAACAAGGCUGACUUUUGCGAAGACCCGGCUGUUAUCAGAGCGAGACGGGAGGCCCGAUUUAGGAGUCAAGGCAAAGGGCAGCCGCCGCGGCCCAAACCAAAGAGCGAUGUGGUGGGGAAACCGAAAGGGCAAGGGCAAGAGAAGAACGUUCUCCAAAAUAGACACAAGAAAAGCGUGAAUAAGUCGAGUCGGGCGAACCAUAAUAGGAAAAGCGGCGCCCAGUGGAAGAGGAACAAAGGCAUGGUGCCUUCGUAAGUUUGUUUGGUUUAGAAAUGUUGUGCCUUUAUUUCAAAUGUUUAAUAAUUUUUUGAAUAAAAAUCGUUAAGUUGC